AAAUGAACCAAUCAGCAACCAGAUCAAUAAUUUUAAUUCAGAACCUCUUGGUAAGGCUCGAUAUUGACAAAGACCUCUUAAUCCACCCUCUCUCCUCCCCCUCCCUCAACACAAUAUGCCUCCGCGAUUACCAGCGCUCACUUCUUAUUGUCGCUCGGCGCCAACUCUGGCCACACCUUUGGCUGCAUUCCUUGCACCCUUGAUGCAAACCCGGAACGCUUCGAUUCUUUCAUCUUUGUCGGACAACUCUGGAGCAUAUAAUAAACGUAUACGAAGAGGUCGAGGUCCAUCUUCGGGAAAGGGAAAGACAUCAGGACGUGGUCAUAAGGGUCAGAAGCAGCAUGGAAAAGUGCCAGCACGAUUCCAAGGUGGUCAAACACCACAAGAUGUUGUUCACGGCGUGAGAGGAUUUGAAAAUCAUUUCUCCGUUGAUAUGUCCCCAAUAAAUCUUAAUCGCAUACAAGAAUGGAUUGACCAAGGUCGGCUCGAUCCCACACGGCCCAUCACUUUGAAGGAAUUGGCCGAUUCUCGAUGUUUACACGGAGUAAAGGAUGGAGUAAAGCUAUUAGCGAGAGGAAAAGAGGAGUUGAAGACGCCAAUUAAUAUUCUGGUCUCUCGCGCUUCGGCGACGGCAAUCGAGGCAGUGGAGGCGCUCGGAGGAACAGUCACAACUAGAUUCUAUACAAAACCAGCGAUCAAGAGACUCUUAGCGGGUGAAUCUGUCUCCAGUUCCGUUCCACUCUCAGCAAUCGACGCCCAGUUAGUUAGCGACUCUCCAAUCCUCACAGCCGCUGCUGCUGCUUCACCAUUCUCGUACCGCCUGCCAGAUCCCACAAGUCGUAAAGACAUCGAAUACUAUAGAGAUCCGGCGCACAGGGGCUACCUAAGUCAUACCGUGGAGGAGGGUCAAGGACCAAGUUUGUUCUUUAGGGCUCCACGAACAGGAAAUUUCCAAAAGAAAUCGAAGAAGACAGGUACAGGUGCUGCAGCGAGUGCCAACAGGAUAUGGUAAAUGUUGCCAUUGUAUAUCAAAUAUGAGGAGUGGCUAUGACGUAUUCCGAUAUGGAUCGAGCAAGAGUUUUGCAAUUUUUGGGUGAUUGAACGCCAUUCUCUGAAUUAUCAACCCACAGAACUGAAGGCAACAGAUGGUGUGGAUUCAUUCCGACUAUUGUGAAAUGUUUUUAUCUCUCCAUGAGCAUGUUGUACUCUGAUUCAGCGAGGACGAAAUAUAGGGCCUGGUGCUCGAGUCUCAUCUUGCUCUGGUGUGGUUUAAAGCUUUGCAGCUAGGUCACACUUGACCAAGAAAUGAAUGUUUACAUGUGUAAUGAACCCUCAAAUACUACCCCGCAGACCGAAUACAUCAGUGAUCGAGCAUCAAAAGUUUUGUGUAAAGAGUUGUAGUCUUAUAUUUGCUCAUCCUGCAGCCUCCUCUUGGAUCUAAAAUGCCCGAUGUUUAAUCUCACAAUGAUCAGCUGUGAUAUUUCCAUGCACCAAGGCUUUUUAAAGACGAGAAAUUUAAUUAUCGAGGAAACUAACACCUGCAUCUUGUACAUAAAUUAAAGGGGCAUAUAUGUUUAGACG